AUGAAUCAGGAUUCUGAAAAAGUUUAUGGUCUUAGUUUCCCAACUCGCCAGCUCAAAGGUGAACAGAACUUAUGUCUGAGUUCUGUUUUCAAUGCAGAAUCUGAUGAAGAAGAUGAACGGGAGUUCAGAAAAAUUGAUCAUUCUGGAACUACGAGCAUUACUCAGAGCAGGAUCAACCGCAAAACGAAAACAGAUUUAGAGAAAGCCUACGAGGAGGACCCUUCAAUUUUCCAAUACGAUGAAAUCCUCGAUGAAAUACAUGAAAAAAAGUCGAAGGAUAUUUGUGCGCCGAAUUCCAGGAAGUCCAAAUACGUAAGUAGACUCAUAAAAGCCUCCAAUGAGCGAAAACUUGAGAGAGAGUUGUGUGCAGAAAGGAAAGCCCAGAAGGAUAUUGAAACGGAAGCUGAUUUGUUCGGUGAAAAGGAUUCGUUUGUCACUCCAGCUUACAAGAAUAAACUAAAUGAACUUCGUGAACUUGUAAAAAAGCAAACAGAAGCCGAACAGUGGGAGGACGUUAUGGAUAUUCGCAAACAAGACGGUCUCGGUGGUUUUUAUCGUUUUAUGUAUGAAUCUCAAAAUGCACCCAGUACUUCUCGAGACUGUCAACAAAGGCACCUUACUUCGGAAAACCAAGGCACUCCAGAUACUGACUCCAGACCUACACAGUUGAUAAAAGAGUCUUCGGAGGAUGAGGGCGAUGGGAAUGAUAUUUACAAAAGUACACUAAAAAGCAUUGGUACCAGCAACAAAAGUGUUUCAUUACACUUACUAGGUGGAAAGUUACCUCACAACAAAGGCGUUUCUAAGAGUGCAUCAACAAUGGACAAUAGCAUUUCAAAGAAAGGUAAUUUGAGGACUGAUCAUCCACUUAAAACGGGCGUAAAAACUGGUGACGUUAAUGAAGGUAAAAAAUCAACGUCAGGUGUAAUCCUGGCUCGUCCUCGAGUGACUACUGAUGAAGAAUUGACUGCCGCUCAUCAACGUUAUCUAGCCAGAAAAGCUGCAGGAAUACAUGCCGUUAUUGUGGAAUCAGACUAG